GCGGCCGCUCCUGUCGCUGUCUCCUCAGGGGACUGACGCCGGUUUCGUCCCCUCAGCGCUGGCGCCGCUUAACCGGGCUUCAGUUUGCCUCAUCCAGCCCCGUGGUAGCGAGAGGGAGGCCGGGUAUCGCUCAGGGUCUUCGAGGUACCUUAGAGCCCUCGUUGCGAGCCCCACGGGCGAGUUCCCCCUCUGGUCGGUAGGCCUGAUGUAAAUCAAGCGCGGAGAGGUACAACCUCUGUUUCUUUAGCUCGGAGUGCUGCUGCGCCGCCCCAGGCUGAUGCACGAUGAGUAGGGACCUCAGAGGCAGGGGAUCUACCCGGGGAAGAGGCUUUCAGGGGUGGCGAGGAGGAUGGCGAGGCGGCUGGCGAGGUGGAUGGCGAGGCAGAGAACAGAAGACAGAGUGCAGAAGAAUAGCCGAACCUGUGAACUCUCGAUUAGUUCAAUCAACGUUGGACCAGUUUAUUCCCUAUAAAGGCUGGAAACUUUAUUUCUCUGAAGCUUAUGCUGACAAGUCUCCUUUUGUCCAGAAGACUCAAGCCUUUGAAAAGUUUUUCAUGCAACGCAUUGAGCUUUAUGAUAAGGAUGAAAUAGAAAGAAAAGGAAGUAUUCUUGUGGAUUAUAAGGAACUAAUACAAGACAGAGAACUGAAUAAAUCAAUACCAAAUAUAUCUACUGAGUUAAGGGAUAUGCCUCAGAAAAUACUCCACUGUAUGGGUCUGGCAAUUCAUCAGGUGCUAACAAAGGACCUUGAAAAGCAUGCUGCAGAGCUGCAGGUGCAGGAAGGACUACCCCUUUAUGGAGAACCUAUAAUAAAUGUGCCUGUCAUUCAUGCUAGGGUGUACAACUAUGAUCCACUAACUCAGCUGAAAAACGUUCGAGCCAACUGCUAUGGGAAAUUUAUCGCCUUGCGUGGCACUGUGGUGCGUGUCAGUAACAUCAAACCUCUGUGCACGAAGCUAGCGUUUGUGUGUGGCACCUGUGGAGAUGUACAGAGUGUUCCUCUACCUGAUGGGAAGUAUACUCUUCCAACUAAGUGCCUUGUUCCUGAGUGCCGUGGCCGAUCCUUUACACCUGACAGAAGCUCUCCUUUAACCACUACAGUGGACUGGCAGUCUGUAAAGGUGCAGGAGCUCAUGUCAGAUGAUCAGCGAGAAGCAGGACGAAUCCCCCGCUCCAUCGAGUGUGAACUGGUUCAAGAUCUUGUAGACAGCUGCGUCCCUGGAGAUAUGGUCACAAUUACAGGGAUAGUAAAGGUGUCGAGCACUGAGGAAGGAGCUUCUAGAAAUAAGAAUGACAAGUGUAUGUUCUUGUUGUACAUUGAGGCAAAUUCUGUCAGCAACAGCAAAGGACAAAACCCAAAGAAUUUUGAUGAUGAGACUUUUCAGAGGUCGUUCAUGGAGUUUUCACUGAAAGACCUCUAUGCUGUUCAAGAAAUUCAAGCUGAGGAAAAUCUAUUCAAGCUCAUUGUGAAUUCUCUUUGUCCUGCAAUCUAUGGCCACGAGAUUGUAAAGGCAGGUUUAGCCCUGGCAUUAUUUGGAGGACGUCAGAAGUUUGUAGAUGACAAGAACAGAAUCCCAGUGCGAGGAGAUCCACAUGUUCUGGUCGUUGGAGAUCCAGGAUUAGGAAAAAGUCAAAUGUUGCAAGCAGUGUGUAACGUUGCUCCUCGAGGUGUGUAUGUUUGUGGCAACACUUCCACCAGCUCGGGCUUGACUGUUACACUGUCUAGAGAUGGUGCUUCUGGAGAUUUUGCCUUGGAAGCUGGAGCUUUAGUGCUUGGAGAUCAAGGAAUUUGUGGAAUAGAUGAAUUUGAUAAGAUGGGAAACCAGCAUCAGGCUUUGUUGGAAGCCAUGGAACAGCAAAGCAUCAGCCUUGCCAAGGCUGGCAUUGUUUGCAGCUUGCCAGCUCGGACAUCUAUUGUUGCUGCAGCAAACCCAGUUGGAGGACAUUAUAACAAAGCCAAAACAGUGUCUGAGAACUUAAAAAUGGGGAGCGCUUUACUUUCAAGAUUUGACCUGGUUUUCAUUUUGCUGGACACCCCAAAUGAAGACCAGGAUCACUUGCUGUCUGAGCACGUGAUGGCGAUGCGUGCGGGCAGGCUGGCGGCACGCAGCAGCGCCGUGGUGGCUCGUAGCGACACGCAGGAUCGCUCUCUUCUCCAGCUUGUCUCAGAUCGACCGCUGCUCGAAAGGCUAAAGAUCUUACCAGGAGAAAACUUUGAUGCCAUUCCCCAUCAGCUGCUGAGGAAGUACGUUGGAUAUGCUCGACAGUAUGUUCACCCAAACUUAUCUCCAGAAGCUGCUCAAGUCCUCCAGGAUUUCUACCUUGAGCUUCGGAAGCAGAACCAAGGAGCAGACAGCACACCAAUCACCACGAGGCAGCUGGAGUCACUCAUUCGGCUUACGGAGGCACGAUCAAGGCUGGAAUUAAGGGAGAAAUGCACCAAAGAAGAUGCUGAGGAUGUCAUAGAAAUAAUGAAAUACAGCAUGCUGGGAACCUACUCUGACGAGUUUGGCAAACUGGACUUUGAACGUUCACAACAUGGGUCUGGGAUGAGCAAUCGGUCCCAAGCAAAGAAAUUUAUUUCUGCCCUGAACAGCAUCGCAGAGAGAACUUACAACAACCUCUUUGACUUACAACAGCUUCGACAGAUUGCAAAGGAGCUGCAAAUACGGGUAUCUGACUUUGAAAGCUUUAUUGGAUCCCUAAACGAUCAGGGCUACCUUUUGAAAAAGGGUUCGAGAGUUUAUCAGCUCCAGACUCUGUGAGAAGAGCCACUGUGAUAAACUUCCUUGAGACACAGUUUUCCUGUUUGGAGGGGACUGCUGGAGCCGUGGCUGCAGCCAGUGACGGUGGUUGAUGUGCUGCCGGCGCUUAUGGAGGUGCGAGGUUCCCUUUGGGGAGCUGGCAGUGCCCACAGGCUUGGCUGAAGCUGCCACAGCACAGAGGGACCCGUGGCAUUGCUGCUUGAUUCAUCCUCUACAUCUGCUCAACACAAAGGAAGCUGUGUAAGACCAGCACGGACCUCAAGGAGUGCAAAGUGUGUAUAUGCUGAUGUGACCACAGUGCUGCAACAGGUCUUACUUCUAAAAGAGAUAUUGGACUCACCAAGUUAAACCCAGAAAUCUUUCAUGAGAAGAUGAUGAGUUUUAUUCUUAACAUUGUAGUUCAUUAGAGGAAUUUAAAGUAUAUAAAUGUUUCCAAAGAGCUGGUAACCUUCAAGCUGAGACAACACUGUCUUAUGGCUGUAAGAAGGGGGAUACCUUAUGGAAAUGGACUUGAUUUUCUGCUCUGCAGCUUUGUAUUUAUAGGUCUUUGUAACAGAUGUUUGACACACAAGUGUGACUUAUGAAAAUAUCCUUAUGACUAUUUAAUUUGUAAAA